AUUAUUGUGUUUUUCCCUCUAUUUUAUCACGGACUUAGAUAAAAAAUCUAAUUCCUUGAUUUUAUCUGGUUCAAGUAGCUCAACAUAUGUUAAAAUUUAAAGGUUUUUCUAUCGGCGAGUUCUGUCUUACGGGUGUUACUUUAACUGAUAUAUCAGACACGUUUUCCUAACCCACUAAUCAAUAACAGGUCGUUAUAUAGAACGAUUAAAGGAGACGGAUUUACAUAAGUACUAUGUACUUGUUUCUGGAUCCUUUUCUGUAUUUAUAACCAUGUACUAUUGUAAUUAAACAUCAAUAAAAUAAAGUUUAAACUAAAUGACAUAAUCUCGGACGAGUAGGCCGCAUUGAUGUAGAAUUUGUACAUACUUACCCGUUAAAUACAUAUAUUAGACCUUACAUAGAACGACGAUAGACAAACUGUUGUAUUAGGCUAUCAGGUAGGUUUGUUUAAUCAACCGACAGCCUGAUAACCGAAAACAUGCUAGUAUACAUGUAACGUACAUAGAUACACAUUGAUCGUUCCUGCUUUCCACAAAAUUAUCAACAUAUCACGUAAUUCCUAUCUGUAUAAUUUCGGAGGUAAACAAAAUAACGUAUUUGGAGCAGAGAGUGGCUAUACAUCAUAUUUAAAAUACAGGUAAGAAAAACAUUGCGCUCUUUUCCAAUUUCCACUACGCUGGUUAUCCCCACUCGUCAUACACGAGCCUUCAGCCAUUUCAUAACGACGAGAAACAGUGCGAGAAAGAUACGCUCCGCCUAUAUAUACAUGGCGAGGAUUGUACUUUCCUGUUAAUGAACAGUCUAUUCAGCCGGCAAUGAUGAAUGGUGUAAAUCGAAAACAGGUCGGAGAGCCGUUGCUUGUUAAGACGGGAAAUUCCUCGGCUAGAAAUACUGACCUAGAUGUCAACAAUACUACUGAACACACAAGUAACUUGGAGGGAAUAGGAGCUCUAGGAGAAAGUCAUCUGUCACUAAAUUACGCCUAUAGCCGGAAAUAUUCAACAACUUUAAAGAUACUGAAGCCAUUCAGGCCUUCAAAUAAAGAUGGCAAGCUUCCCAUCAAUAAAGCCGGCAUUUUCUCUUACGUAACGGUAUCAUGGAUUACCUCCCUUAUGAUGAGAAUAUACAAAAAUAGAGGCCAGCAAAUUAAGGAGGAGGACAUCUGGGAGUGCUCCGACUGGGAAACCAGUAGCAUCAAUACUGACAGACUAGAUAAACUAUGGAGAAAGGAGGUGAAGGACCAUGGCAAGGAAAAUUCCUCUUUUAUGAGGACGUGGCUCAAAUUUACAAAAACACGUUUAUAUGUAUCAGUUUUCCUUGUACUUGUGAAUGCAGUCGCAACUUUUUUCAUGACAGGUUACAUUACUAACAUGGUCAUCAGAUACCUGGAAUCAGAGGAAUCCAAUCUCGGGUUCGCCCUGGCACUUCUAGGAGGGAAUUUUGUCGGACAGCUGCUUAGAGCGACAUCGUUCAAUUUACUGAUCAUGUUUGGAGUACAUACAGGUGUACGGUAUCGUGCUGGUGUAUUGGGGUUGGUUUAUAAGAAAUUCAUGAAACUUCAAAGUUUACCGGGAAAAAUUUCAUCUCAGGUCAUAACCAUAUUUGGGGCAGAUGCCUUGAGACUACAUAUCAACUGUGUGACGCUGGCGUUCUUGAUAGCUGUUCCUUUCUACCUCGUCAUAGGAACCAUAUAUUCAUAUUACCUGAUAGGACCCUGGUGCUUCAUUGCUCUCGGAGUAUUCAUAUUCUGUUAUCAAGUGCAGGCACGGUUGAACGUCAUGAUAUCAAACCUCAGACGAAAAACAUUAGUAUAUACAGACCAACGAAUACGGAAAAUGAAGGAGGUGCUAUAUAGUAUGAAAAUGAUCAAAAUGUAUGGUUGGGAAGACUCAUUUCUACAUGUUAUUAAAGGAAUUAGGACCAGCGAGGUGCGGGUUUUAAUGCGAGCAGCUGUGCUUAAUUCUGUGGCCAGUGCCAUCAUUCCUGUGGCGCCAUCUGUGGCUACCGUCUCCACACUAGCGGCCUAUAUGGCGUUUGGUAACAGCAUUACAGCGUCAACGGCAUUUGCUUUAGCUGCUACUAUGGAGUAUCUCCGGGUGUUACUUACAAGUGUACCUUUUGCGACGCGGAUGUAUGGAGAAUCAAAGAUCACUAUGAAACGAAUAAAGAAAUUUCUUUUAAGAGACGAGUAUACGGCACCGUCCUCUCUCGUCAGAGAUGAAAGCAAUGCUAUCGAAAUUCGGGACGGCGUUUUCCAGUGGGAAGAUUUAACUGAUCUACCUGAUGAGAAGGAGAAAAAGAAAAAGAAGCAAAAGAAAGACGAAAAGAAUGUGGUCUUGAAUGCUUCACGUACAGAGAGUACUGCAUCCUUUAACCUAGAUGAUAUACAGUUAAAUGUUAAAAAGGGACAUCUGGUUGGUAUAUGUGGUUCUGUUGGCAGUGGGAAGUCCUCUUUAUUGUAUGCUGUUCUUGGCCGCAUGCCGAAAUUGACAGGUGACCUUGCCGUCGAUGGGUCUGUUGCUUACGCCGCGCAACAAGCCUGGAUAUUUAAUGGAACGCUGAGAGAAAACGUUCUUUUCGGAAAACAAUACGACAACGAAUGGUACGAUGAGGUUAUCUAUGCCUGUGGGUUAGAACCGGAUCUCGAUUUGCUGCCAAAUAGAGAUCUGACAGAGAUUGGAGAAAGAGGAAUUAACAUCAGUGGAGGACAGAAACAGAGACUGAGUUUGGCACGUGCUGUCUACAGUAAAAGCGCCAUCUAUCUCCUUGACGACCCACUGUCUGCCGUGGACGUCCACGUAGGCCGACAUUUGUUCCACAAGUGUAUCACGAAAACGUUAGCAGGAAAGACCGUGAUACUGGUUACUCAUCAGCUACAGUACUUGAAACAUUGUGACGAGAUACUGGUGAUCGGUGAGGGAAAGAUAGCUGAGCGAGGGCAUCAUUAUGAUCUGAUAGACCGGAAUGGUUACUACGGUUCGAUGAUGGGUCAAUUUCACGCUACAACCUCACACAACGCAGCAACUGGAGAUAACAAAUACUCGUCUUCACAACACGGUCAAAUCCAAUCACCGAAUGAAUCAAAGGAGAAAACAUCAUCAAACGCCGACGAGAAGAAAGGUAAUCUAACGGAAAAAGAAGAAGCACAUGUCGGUGAUGUGUCCUGGGGAACAUACAAGUCGUAUAUGAGUGCCGGCGGGGGCUAUGUACCUUUGUCUUUUGUUAUGUUGCUGGUUAUUAUCUCGUGCGCCGUGCUUGUUUUCACUGACUGGUGGCUGGGAGUCUGGCUGCGAGAUAACGCCGCAUUUACAACGUUUAUUGCAGCAAACAUCACCGUUAACUUCACAGGGUAUUCAAAUACAUCAACACCUAACUCCAUUGGUUUAUUACCAAACCUUAAUCAAACAUAUACUCUACAAGACAGCAACUCUACAGCCGGGGCUCCAUCCAUAGACGUCGAAGCUAGGCUGCGGUUCUACCUAUUUAUAUAUCUGGGAUCAAUGAUAGGUAUCAUGGUGUUUAAUAUCAUAAAAGGACUCGGACAAUCUGUGAUGAUGAUGCGAGCAACUCGAUUAUUACACAACCGGGCAUUAGCAAACAUCAUGAAGGCUCCCAUGUUGUUUUUUGAUUCCAACCCAGCAGGACGGAUUCUUAACAGGUUUUCACAAGAUCUGGACGAAAGUGAUGUCUUCCUCCCCAUCUACAUCGAUGCAUUGCUUCGUUUGUUGGUAAUGGCUGUCAUGUGUUUAGGUUCGGCAGUCUUCAAUCUUCCUUGGACUUGUUUCGCCGUUGUUGUUACGACUAUAGUAUUUUAUUUCUUCAAAAGGUUCUCGACCGAGUCAACCAGGCAGAUAAAACGCUUUGAAAACAUUGUGAAAUCCCCAUUAAUCAACCAUGUGUCUGCAACCGGGCAAGGCCUUUUUACAAUCGUCUCCUUUAAACAGCAAAAGCAGUUCAUCAAAGAAUGUAUGAAGUUCACGGAUGUGACUACCACGGGUCUGUUCCUUUUUGAAGGAUUGAUGAGAUGGAUUGAACUCAGACUGGAUGUGACAGCCUCUAUAAUGAUUGUAAUCACCAUGCUGACCAUGGUUUUAAUGAAGGGAACAAUCGCUCCCUCCUUUGCCGCCUUGUCAUAUAUUCUGUGUGUUAGGGUGGUGUCCUCAAUGCAGUUUAUAGUCAGAUUAGCGAACGAGACGGAGUCCAGGUUUACCUCUGUUGAGCGGAUACAUGAAUAUGAAGCGAACAUAGACACAGAAGAGGACUCUGCCUCUGUGAUCCCCGACAAGAGCUGGCCUCAAAAUGGAAAACUGGUCUUUUCCGACGUCGUGAUGCGCUACCGAAAAGACAUGGACCCUGUUCUAACGAACAUACAUUUAGAUAUUCAACCGAAACAGAAGGUCGGCAUUGUAGGCAGGACAGGCGCUGGUAAGUCUUCCCUGGCGGCGGCCCUGUUCCGUCUUUGUGAUCUGUCCGAGGGUCAUAUCCUGAUAGAUGAUGUUGACAUCGCCCAUAUUCCUCGAAAAACACUACGAUCCCGUCUGUCCGCUAUACCACAGGAUCCCGUCCUCUUCACUGGCACGCUGAGAUACAACUUGGAUCCAUUUGACCUGUAUACAGAUGAGGUGAUAUGGGCAGCUGUAGAGCAAGUUCACAUGAAAGAAAAGAUCAAAGGAUAUAGUGAACAACUAAAAUUCAAAGUUGAAGAAAAUGGAGAAAACUUUUCUGUUGGAGAAAGACAGCUGAUCUGUCUUGCACGAGCUAUCCUGAGACGAAAUAAGAUCCUGGUCCUGGACGAGGCCACAGCGUCCAUAGAUACGUCCACUGACGCAUUGAUCCAGGAGACGAUCCGGGACAGCUUCUCCGACUGUACCGUCCUUACGAUCGCCCACAGACUUAACACCGUCUUACAUUGUGACGUCAUAUUUAUCAUGGACGCGGGAAAGGUUUUAGAGACAGGGAAACCUCAGGAUCUAUUGUCGAACCCAGAGUCUGUGUUCAACAGGAUGAUCAGGGCACAAACAGUGAAAACACCAUCACCCUAAACCAUGGGCAUGUAGUGCAAUAAUCAACACCCUAAACCAUGGUCAUGUAGUGCAAUAAUCAACACCCGAAAAGCCAAAUCAAACUUUAUUAUAAGGACAGUCAUACACCGUCUCCCUUCUCGAUAAAUUAUACCCAAAGCAUUAUCACCGUUAUUGAUAAAUCAUAUACAAAGAAAAUAACACCGUUAUUGAUAAAUCAUACAGAAACCUCCGUCAUUCAGAAAAUAUAAGGUAUUAGCGUAGAAAAGCCUACGUAUAUCAAGAUAACAGAGCUCCGUGCCGUAUCAGAUCAAAAGUAAUACAAUGAGAAAAUAUAGCAAAACAAUGUCUGGCGUACAGAUGUUAAAUUUAUACCCUAGCAUAUGUGUAAGGAACAAGUUUUCCCAUUAAUACAGGUGCCGUUUGGUUCAUAUUGGUGAUGUGUUUGCUAGUUCACUCGAGCAGGUGGUUAUACCCGGUAUUCACUACAGAAGUACACGCCCGGUUAUUUCACAUAUUUAGAGGAUAGGGGCCAAACCCAGGCAUGUCGAGAUCUACCGAGACACGGCAUGCUACUUCAGCUACCCAAACAAAGAAUCGGUUUAUUUAGUAUGGGAUUGUUCAUUUUGAAUGUUCAAGCAUUUCAAAAGUCGUUCUAUACUGAAUUUUUUUCUUAAGAUUUUCGUUUCGCUUCGUUUAUUAGAUAUUGAAUCUGACACAGUUAUAGAUCCAUGUGUUACAUAAAGCAUUUAACCCUAUCAUACUGACAAGAUGUAUAAAAAUAUUUCCUUGUAGUAAAUGAAAUUAAUUCAAUAUGUAGCAACCGUUUAUUAAAAGUUCUCAGACCAUAAAAAUGAAACAGCGUUUGGUUUAGUAAGUGAUUUCCCUCAGAACCAAUAAAUUGUAAAUAAUAUUGAUUUUUCCAGUGCAAUGUUUGCUACCUCAGUUUGAGUAUAUGAAAUGAUAAUGAAAAUAGAUCAAUUACUUUAAUUAUUCCUAUGAUUUGUAAAAAGGGAUUUUUAUAUGCCUUAAGAUAUAACAUUGUUUAAUGAAUAUGUUUAACUUGGUUGUAAUAGGUGCACAAUAAUAUACAUUUUUAAAGUGUUUCAAUAAGUCUGUCACAUGUUUUUAGUGUUUAUCACAGAUAUGUGCAUAUAUCAAUCAAAUUCGAUAACUCCUCGUGACGGACAUGUUUAAGAGACGCGUAAAAGAGUUUCUACUUGUGAUCUUUCGUGUGUGUAGAUAGUCUUAACCCUUAAGAAACAUUCCAGAGUAAAAUUGUAUAUGGAUAUUAUUUUCUCAUGUUUGAUAGUUUACUUUUUCAAUGAGUAUGCAUAUUGUGAAGAUGAAGGAAGUAUAUUUUAAAUUGCAUUUUGAAUGAACUGUAUGUAGUGUAUAUCAAAUCGAUGUGAAUGUGGCACAAUUUAUAUUUCUGGUAAAUGAAUGUUUAUAUUUGUGUUCGUCCUUCAAGCUAAAGUUAAUUAAAUGUAUUUAUUUAUAAUGAUUCCAUAUUUUAAGGAUACAAACUCAUCGUAUGCAAAGUGUCUGUUUUUGUUUACAAUUGACAGGAAAAUAUUAUCAAAACUAUAAUGAACAUAAUAUUUGUUUUCUUGACUAGUAAAUAUUAAUGAGUUAUCGCUUUAUAGGGUAUUUUCUGUAUUUUUAUUUUUAUUUUAUUUUGGAACAUCAAUCCUUGAUGCCAUUAUCAUCGCAGACUUUUCUGAUAGUUUCUUUCAACGUUUAAAUGAGACCGUCCUACUUUCAAAGUACGCUUGUAACCUGGUGCUUCAAUUUAAUGUAAUGUCCGUAUAUGAUUUCAGAUACUGUUUAUAACAAUUUUACAUAUUGGUUAUUAUUGAAUUCUAAACAUAUGUUAAAUAUUAUAUCAUAACUGAAAAAAUGUGAAACACAGGUGCAGACUAUGCAAUCGCGUAAAUGUACUGUGAUCUAUGGAUACAAGAGGAUUCCAAACGGAAGAAUCUGAAAUGUGCAUUUGUAAUGUUUAUGUUUGAAAAUAUAUGAAAAUAUUAGUUUCUAUCACUUAAAAGUUGAAUAUUCUUAUUAUAUUUAGCAAUAAAGUUCGUUUUGGAGAAUUU